CUGUGGUAUGUACAUGCAUAAAAAAAAUGUUUGUUUAUAGUUGAUAAUCGUUCUAAUAACGCUAAACAUGAUGGAUUAUGAAUUUAAAAUGAAGACGCAAAAAGACCGCACGAAGGUCGAGGAUUUGUUUGAGUUUGAGGGUUGCAAGGUUGGAAGAGGUACAUACGGGCACGUAUAUAAAGCUCGUCGAAAAGAAGGUGUUUCAGAUAGUGAACUAAAGUCUCGGCCUGAUACAAAAGAUUUUGGCCUCAAGCAAAUUGAAGGUACAGGACUUUCGAUGUCUGCAUGUCGAGAAAUUGCUUUACUCAGGGAAUUGAAGCAUGUCAAUGUCAUUACUCUUAUUCGUGUUUUUCUCUCACAUAAUGAUCGUAAAGUUUGGUUGUUAUUUGACUUUGCUGAGCAUGAUUUAUGGCAUAUAAUUAAAUUUCAUAGAGCAGCAAAAGCCAAUAAAAAACCAGUAAUGGUACCCAAAGGCAUGGUUAAAUCCUUAUUAUAUCAAAUUUUAGAUGGUAUUCAUUAUUUACAUUCCAAUUGGGUACUUCAUAGAGAUUUGAAACCAGCAAAUAUUUUAGUCAUGGGUGAAGGAAAUGAGCGGGGACGUGUAAAAAUUGCCGAUAUGGGCUUUGCUAGAUUAUUUAACGCUCCUCUUAAACCUUUAGCAGAUUUAGAUCCCGUUGUAGUUACAUUUUGGUAUAGAGCUCCCGAAUUACUUUUAGGAGCCAGACAUUACACAAAAGCUAUAGAUAUAUGGGCUAUCGGCUGUAUAUUUGCAGAACUUUUAACAUCCGAACCUAUAUUUCAUUGUAGACAAGAAGACAUUAAAACAAGCAAUCCAUAUCAUCAUGAUCAACUAGACAGGAUAUUCAAUGUGAUGGGAUUUCCAUUGGAGAAAGAUUGGGAGGAUAUAAAAAAAAUGCCAGAGCAUCCUACAUUGCUCAGAGAUUUUAAAAGAUCCAAUUACGCAAACUGUUCACUUACUAAAUAUAUGGACCGGCAUAAGAUCAAACCCGAUAGCAAGGCAUUUAAUUUGUUACAGAAAUUAUUAAUGAUGGAUCCAAACAAGCGUAUUACGUCAGAACAUUCAAUGCAGGAUGCCUACUUUCAGGAGGAACCACUGCCAACACAGGACAUAUUUGCCGGAUGUCCUAUCCCUUAUCCUAAGAGAGAAUUUCUUACGGAUGACGAUACUGAAGAAAAGACUGAAAACAAAGCGAGGCAAAAUCAGCAACAAACGCAACAGCAGACCCAACAGCAGCAAGGUAACGGCGAUCAUAAUCAUGGACAGAACGCGAAACGGGUGAGACUGAACGGGCCGCAUGGUGCUCCUGAGUUCCAUCAGCAUCAGAGCCACGCGAUGACCCACCAACAACCAGGGAUGGUUUAUUCGACGGCUCAACCAACGCAACCGUCGAACUUCCAUCAACGUUUCUAAUUUUGUAACUCGUAAUUAAAGUGAUCAGACAGAAUUAGGCCAAA